GCCGGUGGGUCUCGUGCUGCCUCCACACUGACACCAGCGAUUCUGCUCCAUGCAUGGCACAUGUGGCAGCAGGAUUAAAGCAGGACACUCUCCUGAAUGUGGAGUUCCAGGCAAGGCACUCACUGUCCCUUCCAGAGCAAGCCUGCAACAUCCUGAAAUUGUUGCUUUCUCUGGGAUAUUUUUAUUUCUCGACUGACACUGCAGAUAUCUGAGUGACUGUGUUUGCCCUGGAGCAGGCUCCUUGCUGCACUGCUCUGAAAGCUGGAGAUGGCUCUGACUUCUCCAAAACCUGCAGCAGGGGAGCUGACCCAGAGAGAGGAAUCCAUGCUCCACGAUGGAAACUGCUUCCACUUCCUCUCUGCAAACAACCUCACAGGAGUGGAAAGAUGCAUGAGCUCCAUGCAGGCUGGCACCCAAAUGAUCAAGCUCCGUGGGGGAUCCAAAGGGCUGGUCCGCUUCUACUACCUGGACGAGCACAGGUCCUGCAUCCGCUGGAGACCCUCCCGGAAGAAUGAGAAAGCCAAAAUCUCCAUCGACUCCAUCCAGGAGGUGUGUGAGGGGAAGCAGUCGGAGAUCUUCCAGCGCUACGCUGAUGGCAGCUUCGACCCCAACUGCUGCUUCAGCAUCUACCACGGAGACCACAUGGAAUCCCUGGACCUGGUGAGCUCCAGCGCGGAGGAGGCCCGGACCUGGAUCACGGGGCUGAAGUACCUGAUGGCAGGGAUCAGUGACGAGGACAGCCUGUCCAAGCGCCAGAGGACCAGAGACCAGUGGUUGAAGCAGACCUUUGAUGAGGCAGAUAAAAACGGUGAUGGCAGUCUGAGUAUUAGUGAAGUGCUCCAGCUCAUGCACAAACUGAAUGUGAACCUGCCCCGACAGAAAGUCAAGCAAAUGUUUAAGGAGGCUGACACGGAUGACAACCAGGGCACGCUGGACUUCGAGGAGUUCUGUGCCUUCUACAAGAUGAUGUCGACGCGCCGCGAUCUGUACCUGCUGCUGCUCACCUACAGCAACCACAAGGACUACCUGGACACAGACGACCUGAGGCGCUUCCUGGAGACCGAGCAGAAGAUGACAAAUGUGACUAAAGAGCAUUGCCUGGAGAUCAUCAACAAGUUUGAGCCGUGCCUGGAGAACAAGAAGGAGGGAGCUCUGGGGAUUGAUGGUUUCACCAACUACAUGCGGAGCCCAUCAGGGGACAUCUUCAACCCCGAGCACUACCACGUGAACCAGGACAUGAGCUACCCUCUGAGUCACUACUUCAUUACCUCCUCACACAACACCUACCUCAUGGGAGACCAGCUGAUGUCCCAGUCACGGGUGGACAUGUAUGCCUGGGUGCUGCAGUCCGGCUGCCGCUGCGUGGAAGUUGACUGCUGGGAUGGGCCGGAUGGGGAGCCGAUUGUCCACCACGGAUACACUUUGACCUCCAAAAUUCUCUUCAAAGAUGUGAUUGAAACCAUCAACAAAUAUGCCUUUAUCAAGAACGAGUACCCCGUUAUCCUGUCCAUCGAGAACCACUGCAGCAUCGUGCAGCAGAAGAAGAUGGCUCAGUACCUGACAGAGAUCCUGGGGGACAAACUGGACCUGUCCUCCGUGCACAGCGAGGACUCCACGAAGCUCCCUUCGCCUGCCAGCCUGAAAGGAAAGAUCCUGGUCAAGGGCAAGAAACUUCCAGCCAACAUCAGUGAUGAUGCAGAGGAAGGAGAAGUUUCUGAUGAGGACAGUGCUGAUGAGAUUGAUGAUGACUGCAAACUAAUGAAUGGAGAUGCCUCUGCUAACAGGAAGAGAGUGGAGAAUAUAGCGAAGAAAAAGCUUGACUCACUGAUAAAAGAAUCCAAAAUCCGUGACUGUGAAGAUCCGAACAAUUUUACAGUUUCCACUCUCCCAUCAGCAGGAAAGGCUGGGCUGAAAUCUGAUAGUAAGAAGAGCAAACUGGAGGACGAUGUGGAGGCUGGGGAGGAUUUCAGCAGCAAGAGGCACAGCCGCUCCCUCAUGGGCAGCUUCUCCAAACGCAAGAAAAAAGGAAGCAAAUUGAAAAAAGCCUCGAGUCUGGAAGAGGGUGAAGACGAUUCGGAUUCUCAAGGGAAUUUAGCCAGGAGCUCUGCACAUUACAGCAGGAUAAACCGACAGAAGAAAACAAUGAAGCUGUCCAGGGCCCUGUCUGACCUGGUGAAGUACACAAAGUCUGUUGGCAUCCAUGAUGUUGAAAGUGAAAUCUCUUCCAGCUGGCAGGUUUCAUCUUUCAGUGAAACCAAGGCCCACCAGAUCCUGCAGCAGAAACCAGCGCAGUACCUGCGCUUCAACCAGCACCAGCUGUCCCGCAUCUACCCAUCCUCGUACCGCGUGGACUCCAGCAACUACAACCCCCAGCCCUUCUGGAACGCCGGCUGCCAGCUGGUUGCACUGAACUACCAGUCAGAGGGGAGAAUGCUGCAGCUGAACCGGGCCAAAUUUAGUGCCAAUGGGAACUGUGGCUACGUCCUCAAACCAAACUGCAUGUGUCAAGGUGUCUUUAAUCCAAAUUCUGAAGACCCACUGCCUGGUCAGUUGAAGAAACAGUUGGUUCUAAGAAUUAUCAGUGGUCAACAACUCCCCAAACCACGUGAUUCCAUGCUGGGAGACAGAGGAGAGAUCAUAGAUCCAUUUGUUGAAGUAGAAGUUAUAGGCUUGCCUGUGGAUUGCUUCAAAGAGCAAACCAGAGUAGUUGAUGACAAUGGUUUUAACCCCAUGUGGGAGGAAACGCUGGUGUUCACAGUGCACAUGCCCGAGAUUGCCCUGAUCCGGUUCCUGGUGUGGGACCACGACCCCAUCGGGCGGGAUUUCAUCGGGCAGAGGACAAUAGCAUUCAGCAGUAUGAUGCCAGGUUACAGACACGUGUACCUGGAAGGCAUAGAAGAGGCUUCCAUCUUCGUCCACGUGGCCAUCAAUGACAUCUGUGGUAAGGCCAAGCCAGCUCUCGGUCUAAAAGGGCUGUUUCUCAGAAAUCCAAAGCAGGCCUCUCUGGACAGUCAUGCUGCUGGGCAGCUGCACCGCAAACCCUCCUUUAGCAGCCACCUGCUGCGGCGCACGGCCAGCGCCCCCACCAAGAGCCAGAAGAAGAACAAGAAGGGCUUUCCCGAGAUCGCUUUUGACACGAAGGACACCAGCUCGGAAGGGGCCGGGGAGGACCGGGAAGGGGACGCUGCCUCCCAGCCCCGCUUCGUGCAAGAGCCGGAAAGCGCCUCUCCGUCCCCGGCUCCCCGGGACGGCGCCGGCGGGGAGGCGGCUGCCCAGGGGGGGAAAGGUAAGGCCCAAGGGUCCGCUAAGGGCCAGAGCCAGAGCUGUGCCCGGGCAGGGGCUGCCCUCAGCGAGCCCCUGCGGCGGGCCCAGCGUGUGCGGCCGCGGGAGCCGGCGGGCGAGAAGCAGGGCGUGUUCGCGCGCUGCGCCAUCAACGGCUCGGGCACCAUCGGCGUGGCCACCAACUGCAUGAGGUGCAUGGUCGGCUCCAGGGACGGCCCCGACCCGGAGGGCCCGUGGGCCGAGCACGCUGCCCGCGAGCAGGGCGGCGGCGCCGAGGCGGAGGAGAGGCUGGAGCUCAGGACCUGGGUGGUGAGAGCCCAGCCCAGGCCCCAGGCAGACCCGCGGCCCCCCGGCAGCACCGCCGACCCCGCCGGGAGCACCCAGCCCCUCGUGACCCCCGGCAAGAGGAGCGCUGACUGUAAAUGUCACGGAGGGAAGGCUCACUCCCGGCAGCGCUGGCAGGGCCAGGCAGGUGGCAAGUACGGAAGCACUGUCAACCUGGUUGCGGCCAGCAAUGGCUCUAUAUCCUCCAACUCCAGCAGUCUAGAAAGCCUUGGAAGCCCAGAAUUCCCCAGGCACUGGUCUGAACCUUCUCGAAGGCAAGUGGGCACCCUUCAGAGGGAAAUGAACGCCUUGUUCGUUCAAAAGUUGGAGGAAAUUCGCAGUAAAUCCCCUAUAUUCUUUACUGAUGUCUGCCGUUUCUCCAUGCAGAGGUCAGUCACUUCUUUGUGCAGCCUAGAAACGAUCACAGAGGAGCCUGUUCUUGCCAAUGAAACCCAUCACUGCAGCCUUGUCUUCCCUCUGCCCGUUACCCCCUACAGUGACUCUGAAGAAGGGUCAGUGUCUGACCACUCCACCGAGGCUCGAUCAGAAGGAAGCAGCACAUCCAACCAGCCUCAGGAAUCUCCACUCACCAGAGAACAAAGGACAAAUCUGGCUGCAGAAGACCAAGUGCAGGUUGUCCCAGGAGCAGCUGACACAAGUGUAGUAGCCCAGGAAGAUGAGAGGACGAGCGUGGCAGGAGGUGUCUCAGAAGAAGGUGGCUGGACACAGGUGUGCAGGAAGGCUGAAGGUCAGGGUGUGCUGGCAGCACAUCCCCAGAGAGCCAGGCUGGCAGUGGCAGCAGAUCACAGUGCUGGCCAACCUGCUGGAAACUGCCAGGAGCAAAACCACCAACCAGGGCAGGUAUUGACGGACAGGAAAAACACCUCUGAAUCCAAAGGGCAGAAACUGGGGGCAGCAGCUGUUCUUCCACAGCAGAGCAGUGGCAUCAACAGCACGCAGGCAGGCACUCUCCAGAAGGGCUGGGCUGCACAGGCUCUGCCUGCCUCUGUUCCUCACACGAGCUCUUACAUGACAGCACGGAGGGCAAAGAGUGACAUCCCGAAGGUGUCGGGCUCCUCAGCCCAGCCCCUGGGCAGCCUGUCCCCAGCAGCAGAGGUGUACUUCGAUGCCACCGGCAAUGACCGCAUCUGGAGCAAGCUGGAGGGCAGCAGCCACCGCGACAGCAUGUCCUCGUCCUCCAGCAUGUCCUCCAACGACACCGUCAUCGACCUGUCCCUGCCCAACCUGGCCCGCAAGAGCCUCCCUGACCUCGGCCUGCGCCAGGACCCCCUGGAGCCCCUGGAGCCCCUGGAGCCCCUGGCCAUCCGCAGGGGGCUGCGCCCGCGCUCGGCUACCACCUGCACCAACGAGAUGCUGAUGGUGAGCAAGAGCAAGUCCAACCCCAACCUGAGGUCGGGGCAGCUGCCGGCAGAUGAGCUGUGCCCCCGGCCCCUGGCCAGGAGCCCUCAGGAUGCCUUCUCGUCCAUCCCUAGAAGGCACACCUGGAGCAGGCUCUACAUGGAAAGCCUCAGACAGUCUUCUAACAAAUCCAAAGCCUGCGAUACGGUCGGGAACGGCCAGGCAAAGUCCAAAAGCCUGGGAGACCUCACCUCGGACGACAUAGUGUGCACGUUCGAGAGCAAGUACCGCAGCAUCAGCAGGAGCUUCGUCACGCGCUCCAUGCGGGAGCAGCGCCGCUCCUCGGGCCUCAGGCCCCCGGCCAAGUCCCGGGACGAGCUGACGGAGCAGCUGAAGAAGCUGACGGCCUUCCAGCAGGAGAACGACAUCACGUCCCCCAUCAGCGUGGAGCCCGGCGAGUCGGAGGAGGAGGGGGAGAGCGCGGGGCUGCUGCGCCGCUCAUCCUCGCGCAGCCAGAGCCGCGUGCGCUACAUCGCCAACAGGGCCCGGCAGGCCCAGGAGAGGCAGCGGCUGCAGGGGCAGCUGGGGCAGCUCGGGGGGAGCCCCAUCGAGGAGAGGGGCAACCCCGAGGGGGCCUGCAGCGUGGCCAGGGCCGUCUGCAUGGACGUGGCCGCUCCCCCCCUGCUCACAGCGCAGCCCAAGGCCCAGCCCGACUGCGCUGCGGACACCGAGGUGUUCUUCAUGCUCAAACUGUGACCAGGGGGCUCUGAGAGAGGCAAUGUUUACACUCCUGUCCCAGCAAAACACAGCCCUGGGGGCCUCAGAGCAGCCUGCCAGGGCUCAGCGCUUCCUGGCCCUCCCUCGCCUCCAAGGGUGCUCAGUGUCAGGACUCCAAAAGAAUAGAUGAGUAUUCUUUUUUAAUUACACCUUUGCCAGCCUCCGGUUCGGCCUCCUGUUCGUGUGACCACUUCUUGUAUCCGCAGUUUUCUCCGUGCAAAUCUCUUGGUCUUGACUAAUUUCAGUAAUUCUUCUUACCACGGGUAAUCUUGAUGUUUAGUAGCUCAGUGUGAUGCUAACGACAGCUAAGGUAAAUUUUGCUCUUACAAAUUGUGGAUCCAUGAGAGGAGGCUGGCCUUCAAAUCAUGUUCCCUGUUCUAUUUUCUGGAAGAGUCUGAGGCCUCUGAGGGUGUCUUCUCUGGAAAAUAGUCAGAAUUGCAGUGGAAUUAAUAAUGUAGUAGAUAAAGUCUGUCUUCCAUCAUGGACCUGCUCAUUUCAGUGAAAAUCCAUAUUUUCUCUUUGAAGAAGAGCUCUCUUGUUCCAAAGCAAUGCUUUUUUAAGCCCAGCUUGUUUAUAUAUAUAAAUAUAUAUAUAUAUAUAUAGACCUGUGUAUGCAAAGAUACGUCUGCACAUGUUUGGGCACUUGCACACCCUGAACCUGAACUGGGACUGCUCCUUGUCCCCAGGCAUCACCCGAGGGAAGGAGACAGGAGGGAGAAAGGAAUGGCUAAAGCUGGACAGGAAAUGCCUUCUGCCUGGACUUCACAGCUGAGGAGCGUGCUGGUCUGCUCUGGGAACAGCACUGCCCCUGCUGAGGGUAUUUUACCAAUGCUGCUGUACAUAGCACUUUUGGGAUGAAUUUUACUAUUUCUGUAUUGCACUGCCAUGCAAAAUUUUCAAUGAUAUGUUUAAAAAAGAGAGAUAUUUAAUUUUUUUAGAUGGACAUAUUUAGAAUUAAAUAACAGCCUAAACAGAGUAAUAAUUUUUCCUCCCCACAUUUUUUUUUUUUAACUUUUUAUUUUUAGGGAUGUUGUCGUGUCCCCUCCCCUAAUUAUGAUGUCAUUUAUUAUAGAUGUACAUUUUAUCAGUGACAGAGAGCAAUGUUUACUGAGAUGCAUUUUAAGAGAAACAGAGGUUUAAUUUUAUUUCAGGCUCCAUAGAGUCCCAAUUAUUGAGAGGAUAUUUUGCCUUUGUAAUGAUUCUUUUGCGUAUAUUGCAAACUCCAUAAAGAUUUGUUUGUAAAACCACCUUACACUACUAAAAUAAACAUAUUUAACCCUC